UAUGAAUUGGAUAUGGUACCAUGUGGCAGCGUGUCAGUGGAUGGAGCAAUGUCGUGUGGUAGUUAGGUUGAUCUUUUGUCCAGGAAAAAGAUAUCCCAUUAACUCAAAGCCUCUCAAAUCCUACUUCUGCUUUUGCUCUUUACAUUAAUUUUCAUCAUUCCUCUGCAGCAGAAGAACAAGUUCAGACAAAGAAACACAAAAAAAAAGCAUGGCAAGUAGCAGCAUGGCUUCUGCUGCAUCUGGUUUUAUGGUGGCAACCCCUAAUGUCACCUCUAACUCUGCUCCAAAGAGCUCUAUGUUAUCUUUCUCCUCCAAGAACACCACCACCAACAUCCCCAGGCUCGUUGUACGGGCCGCGGAAGAAGCUGCACCACCAGCUCCUACUGCCACCGCUGAAGGCGAAGCUCCUCCUGCCAAAGCUGUCAAGCCACCUCCAAUUGGACCCAAGAGAGGAACCAAAGUGAGAAUUUUAAGAAAGGAGUCCUACUGGUACAAGGGUACCGGCUCAGUUGUAGCAGUUGAUCAGGAUCCAAAAACACGCUAUCCAGUUGUAGUGAGGUUCAACAAAGUGAACUAUGCUAAUGUAUCCACUAACAACUACGCAUUGGACGAAGUUGAAGAAGUGAAAUGAAGGAGUGGAAGUAAUUAGUUCAAGGUUUUCCAUAUUUGUAAUUUGUCCAGCCCGUGUGCUUUCCAUGUUUUAUCUCUAGUUAUAUACUGGCUUUGAAUGUGAAUGUGUAUCAUAAUUUUCUGGCAACUUUCUCCCCCCAUUUCUUA